GAUUCGCAUCUCACGCAGAUCCCCCCUUUUCAAGUCUUUACCGAACGCGAACGAAAAAUAAGGCGCCUAUGGGCUACGGCCUUUCCACCCUCCCGCGCGUUCCAUUCCUCCUCCCCCGAUCAGAUUUCAAACGCCGGCCAUCGAUCGCUGCUUCCUCUGCAUCCCCAAUCUUCUCUUCGUUCCGAUGCCUCAAUUUCACAGAAUUCCGCUGUCUACUUAGAAAUCACGCCAACUCUUCGUAUCAACUGCUGGUUGACAAUAUUCGGCGCUCUUCAUUUGAAGUCUGUAUAGUUAUGGCCUGUUCAUAGCUUUUCUGUAGAUGGAAUUUUUAUGGCGGUUCUUUCUUCUUUGUCAUCCUGAUAACGUGUUUUUUCAGAGUACUCUAUGUAUAUAAAUAUUCUAUAUAGGAUCCAGUAGUUAGUAGCAAUUUUAGUAAAACAAUAGCCCAUCGUUUUCCCCUUAGAACAGUGCUGUUAGUUGAAGAAAGGCGUUGGAAUUGUUAAUAUUUCUCAAUGGACGACACAUUACCUAGUCCACGAUCAGGCAUGAUGAUACCUGAACUUGAUGUUAGUGGUGGAAGUAGAAAGUCUCGGAGAUGCUUAAUUGUCGCUUCUCGCUCGAAAGCAUUUUCGAAGAAUGCUAUUCGGAGUGUAGCUUCACUUAGCCAGAGCAGAAUAGCCAGCGGCGCAGUUGGUCAGGUGACAUUUUUCUUGCUCAAAGUUGUUGCACUAGAGACAGUAAGAAGGUUAUCAAAGUCGAGGUGUCCUUUCGCUUGGCGAGGUCUUCAAGCUUUGCAGGUUCUUUGCUACCCACCAUUUAAGUGGAUUCAGAGAUGGACUCCUUUCAGGGGUUUAGUCAAAGGCAUGCAGAUAUUGUCAAAGCCAUUACUCGUACUAUCAAUAGCAACAUCACUCUCUGAUCAGACUGAGUCCAUGAGUGGAAACUCAGAUGGCAUCAGUGAUUCCCCUUCAUGUUCUGAAAUGUACUCAGAACUAUCCUCUGAAAACUCUUCUACAGAUGCAAGGGCCUGUGAUGAGACUCCACCAAGUAUUGAAUCUGAAAAUUGGUUUGUCCGUCUCUCUAAAGAGCUCGAAAGCCAAGGUUUUAGUCUGCCAGAAAGAUUUAAUGAGGACGAGCUUCAAAGAUUCUAUACAGCUGCAAAUGGUGACUUUGCAUCUUUGUUGUCAUCAAUUAAGAAGACAAUUCGCUGGAGAGAAAAUUACAAAAUACUUUCAUCUUCAGAGCUUGACAUGUGGUCACAUAUGGUCUUCUGGCAUGGAUUUGAUCUGAAGCACAGACCUUGCCUCAUAGUACGGCUUGGGCUAGCUUGCAUGAGCUUGUCAUCUGAAGAUAGACCCCGUUUUACCCAAGCGAUCAUAUCUCAGGUAGAACAUGGGGUCGUUGACCUGGUUGAUGCAGAAAAUCCCAAAAUUACAGUUUUAGUGGAUUGUGAAGGAUUAACUCCUUUUAAAGUUCCCAUGCAAAUGAUGAGAUAUUGUUCUUCCCUUCUGCAAGAUCACUUCCCAAACCGUCUCGGCUGUUUGUUUGUCAUUCGGCUCCCUCCAGUCGUCCGUCUCCUUGCUCAAACUUCCAUUCAAAUUCUGAAACCCGUCACACGGAAAAAGUUGAAAAUCGAGGGGGAGACUACAUAUGAAAAGGUUCUAUCUGAGUACCUGAAAACACUACCUAGAUAUCUUGGUGGGAAAUGCUCCUGCCCGAAAUGUUCAAAAGUAGAUUUCCAUGAUGUGCAGCGACUGGAUACAAAUGAGACAGUGAACAGAGAGUUGAUUGCUGAGGGAAUUCAUGGGGACGAUGCGAUUUUACAGUCUCAGAUGUAUGAGUUUGAGAAUCACUUGCAUGGAAACUUUGAUCAGAUGAUAAGAACUGGCGUCAUAAGCAUCCUUAUGUUGUGGGUUUUCGUUGCUGUCAUUGCCAGUGCGUAUGAUCCCGAGAGCCGAUUCUUUUUCCCCUCGUGAUCGAGAAGCAAAGAAUCAAGUCGUACCCUGUGAGCGAGCUCGAAUUUCAUCUCUAACGUUGCAAAUUCUGCAUUUUGCCCAAAGGGGAAAAUUAAGGAAUUGUUCUUGUCAUGUUUAAAUAGCGAUAUGUGGUAUCAGUUGUGCCAAUAGUUCAUGGAGUUGUAGUAGCAGUGUCGGACCUUUUCAAAGAAGGUGUAUUUUCUCUUCAUAAUUUCAAAUAAUUGAAAUAUAAGAGUGGUUAAGUUGGUAUUGUUACUUCAA